UGUUAUUCGCUUGUUCUUGAACAAUACAUGCUACGCGAAUCUAGAUUUUUUCUAAGGGAGUUGUAGUAUCGGACCGCAUUAGAGAUUGGGAGUUGUCGCUUUUAGUAAUGGGGCAGCAUGUGUUUGAUUUGAGGUCGAUAUCUGCGUCGAAGACAGUGUGUUCGCUGGUGAGGACUUGCUCAAAUAUAUUUCCGGGGCACCUGGGUGGUGUUAAAAUCACUCGACAGUUAUAUUCUUUCGGAGGUGUUUUUCUGAAGGCUUCUUAUUCAAACGCAAGAACUUCAAACCAAGCUAUUGAUUCAGUUGGCCAAGACAAAUUUGCAGUAGUAAAUGGUUCAUCUCAGAUCUUCAGAGCAAAUGGGAUGAGCUCAAUUCCUUUUUCCAGAGAAACAAGUGUACUUGAUGCCUUUCAAGAUGAGUACGGGGGGAUUGUUGUUAAUCCACAAAGAUUACCAUCUAAUCCUCAUGCAUUUGCUUCUAUCCUUCAGUCUUCUCUUUCUCGUUGGAAACAAGAGGGAAAGAAGGGGGUUUGGCUUAAGUUACCUCUGGAACAGUCUGAGCUUGUUCCAAUUGCAGUGAAGCAAGGUUUCCAAUACCACCAUGCUGAGCAAGAAUACAUAAUGUUGACAUACUGGAUUCCUGAAGGACCUUGCUUGCUUCCUGCUAAUGCUUCGCAUCAGGUGGGAGUUGGGGGAUUUGCUAUCAAUGACAAAAAUGAGGUCCUUGUUGUCCAAGAGAAGCAUUGUGCCCCAGAAUUUGUUGGUUUUUGGAAAUUACCAACAGGUUUCAUUCUUGAGUCAGAGGAGAUUUUUACUGGAGCUGUAAGAGAAGUCAAGGAGGAAACCGGUAUUGAUACGGAAUUUGUGGAAGUGAUAGCUUUUAGGUAAGGUGUCCCCUAUAAUUGUUUGU